UUCCAUUCUCCAGCCUAUAUAACAGCCCACCUGAAUGCACAUACACAAGUCAAAAUCAACAAGGAAACAUGAGGUCUUUCGUUGCGUGCAUUCUACUGAGUCUGGCUGCUGCAGGUUGCUGUGCGCCUGUGUCGGAUACCACUGUGCAGGAUGAACAUUUUGCAGAGGGCUACCUGAAGAAAUUUUUCAACUUAACGCAGGAGAGUGGUCCAGCUGCGAGACGGGGCAUCAGCCAGGUGACCAAGAAGCUGAGUGAGAUGCAGAGAUUCUUUGGUCUCCAGAUCACAGGGACUCUGGAUGCCGACACCUUGGCCAUGAUGAAGAAGCCCCGCUGUGGCGUUCCAGAUGGAAACAUCGCUCGGUUCUCCACUUUCGGAAACGGCCUCAAGUGGGAGAAAAACGACCUCACAUACAGGAUAGAGAACUACACACCAGACAUGUCUCGGGCAGAGGUGGAUACCUCCAUUGAGAAAGCUCUGCAGGUUUGGGCCAACGUCACUCCUCUGAGAUUCAGAAGGAUCUACAGUGGCACCGCUGACAUCAUGAUCUCCUUUGGUCGCCAAUCACAUGGUGAUUAUUACCCCUUUGAUGGCCCUGGCGGUACUCUUGCCCAUGCCUUUGCUCCCUCUCCUGGUAUUGGAGGAGAUGCUCAUUUCGAUGAAGAUGAGACCUUCACUUACCGCUCAAGCCGAGGCUUCGUCCUCUUCUUAGUCGCCGCUCAUGAGUUUGGCCACUCUCUGGGUUUGUCUCACUCCGAUGAUCCGGGUGCCCUCAUGUACCCUACGUACUCAUACAGAAACCCUGACACCUUUGUUCUGCCCCGGGAUGAUGUAAAUGGUAUCCAGUCCCUGUAUGGUGCAGACCCUACUAAGGAUCCUUCAGUGGGCAAACCCCAACCUCCCACCACUCCCGAUGCCUGUGAUUCAACAAUGGUAUUGGAUGCUGUGGCCACCCUCAGAGGAGAGAUGCUGUUCUUCAAGGACAGUUUCUUCUGGCGCAGCUACCCUCAGAGCAGGACACCCCAGCAGACUCUCAUCACCAACUUCUGGCCUAAUUCCCCCGUCAACAUUGAUGCUGCUUAUGAGAACCGACGGUUGGACAGAGUCUUUCUCUUCAAAGACCGUAGAGUGUGGGCCUUCAGUGGUUAUACGCUUGUUCGGGGCUACCCAAAAAAACUGACAACCUUUGGUCUCCCAAGAUCCGUGGCGAAAAUUGAUGCCGCCAUCCACGACGUGGAAUCUGGCAAAACUCUUUUCUUUGUAAACAACUAUUACUACAGCUAUGAUGAGGUUAGAAAUAGGAUGGACCAGGGAUUCCCCAAACGGGUUGCUCAAACCUUUCCAGGUCUGAACAACAAGGUAACGGCAGCUUUCCAGUACAGAGGUUUUACUUACAUCUACAGUGGACCCUACAUGUUUGAGUACAGCCUGAGGACUGGAAGGCUGCACCGCGUGCUGAGGAACAGCUACUUCCUGCGCUGCACUAACUUCUAGAGCAGUUGAUUUUGAAUUUAUGCUCCUCUAGAAAAAGAAUGUAUGUACUACAGUGUUAAACAGUGUUUAAAUUAAUAAUUUUUAAACAUUAUAGAUCAUUAUUCAAUGUAAUAUUUAGAGCUGUUAAAAUACAAUAUUCUUCUAAGUCUUUUGAAUACAUGUACUUUUGUAUAUUUUACGUGGUCUGUUUAUGCUAUUUUUGUUGCUUUUAUUGUGUUUAUAUAUAUUAUCUUUACCAUUCAUCUCCGACCCGCACUUGUGUUCCCUGUCUGUAUGUAUGUGGAUGUGAUUGGUUGGCCUGCUGUCACAUGACUAAAUCCAACUUGUAAGUGUCUCAUUGGCGACGAUUGGUCGUUUCCAUAUAAAUUGGCAAUUUUAUUUUACUUUAGACAUUAUUUAAAUUGUCUUUUCAGUGUGAUUCUUGAUGACUCUGAUGAAGGCCACAAGCCAAAAUGUGUCUGUCUAAUAAAGUGGUUCCAUUUACUAU